GCCCGUUACUCAAGUGAGUUUGUUCUUUCUGAACCAAAAUCGUAGUUCUCAUCCAUUUUUCUGCCAGCAGGAAGCGUCAGAGCAGUCAAAGAUAAGGGGGGUUUUAGAGUAGGGAAAUUAUCUACGGAAGCCAGCCGGGGCCAGGCUUAAGCAAAGAACAGUCGAAAUUCAGGACUAGGUUCUGUGGGAUCAGGGGCAAGAAAUUGAGGACCAUUACGGGGGGCAAAGGGUUUGGCUUUGCGGGAGCCACGGAGACAUAAAUGGGUAGCUUUCACAAGGGCAAUUGAGAUACGGGUCUGCAUGAAGAACAUCAUUUGAGAGUAGGAAAAUUGAGUUUUGGAGGCAGUAGCAGAAGCAAGGCGUUGUAAGAGAGUCUUGGCUUGAGGGGCAAGCAUGCCAUCCACUGAAACAACAAAGGGGUGGAAGGAAGCGCGAUUGGACUCAAAGUGAUGGGCAUGUAAUACGAGUACCAGUACCCUACCAACAACCUCAUUUUUUCUGUUCUUGUUCUAUUCUAGCAUUCUACUUGCCUGCCUGCCUACCAACCUGCCUUUGAGGUGCUUUGUUUCCUUACUAGCUACAAGAAGAAGAAGAGUUCCUUGCCUUCCUUCAUCCAUUCCUCUGGUUGAGCGAAAAAAGUCGAAAGAAUUGACAGCAAGGUUCCAUUAUACAUUCUGAGAACAAUCAAAACUUGUUCUUUCUUUUUGAGUUGAGUUGCUUGACCUUCACUGCGUUGCUUCCAAAUAAAGCAAGAACCUAAGCAAGUACCAUGUUGGCUCGAUCGACGGCUGUGGACUCCAUGUCGUCGUCAUCGCAGUAUCAUUCGAAUCUACGGGCCCGAGGUCGCGGUGCUUCUCCUCGUACGGGUUCCACUUCGCACCCCGUCAAUCACGAUUCGGCGUUGUAUCGACCUCCGCGAACCCUGCUGUCGUCUCCUCUUAUUACGCAGAGACACUCCAUCAGCACCAUGGGCGGUGGACUCAAACAAGAUGCCCUCAUGCUAGGAUCUUCCUCGCUCUCUCUGUCGCCGGGUUCUUCCUUGUCGUCUGCUUGUACUACUACUACCUCGACAACGAGUAGUAGUAGUAGUACCAGCAAGAAAAAGAAGACCCCCAUUCCCUUUGUGUCCUACCACAAUGCCCGUCGACUCCGGGCAUGGUCGUUGCACGAACAAGAAGAAGAUCGCAAGUUGACUCCCCAUGAAUUGCAAUUGCAAUUGCAUCACACACCCAAACGCCGCGUCAUGAGUGUCGCCACGGCGUCCUUGUACGUCUCCAAGGCUCGUCAUGCCAUGAAGGAAAACGAUUCCAUGGUCUACUUGGAAGGACCACAAAUCUAUUCCUGUGUCCAUUGUCGCACCCAUCUCACCAGUCAUGAUGAUAUCGUCUCCAAGAGUUUUCACGGGCGGCAUGGCCGCGCCUUUCUCUUUGACAAGGCGGUCAAUGUCACCAUUGGCAAGGCCGAAGAUCGGACUCUCCUUACGGGGUUGCACUCGGUCUGUGACAUUUUUUGCAAACGAUGCAAAACCAUGAUUGGAUGGACGUAUGCCAGAGCCUAUGAAGCCUCACAAAAGUACAAGGAAAACAAAUUCAUUAUCGAAAAGAUCAAUCUAUACCUCGAAGAAGCUCCUCGGUAUGGACUUGUGCAAGUCCCCGCUGGUGCACGACCCGAUCGAUGGAGGCGACGACGAGAACGAUGGGGACACGAACAAGAAGAACAAGAUCAACAGCAGGUCUACGAGUACUGUCGUCCAAAGCUGCUUCUUGAAGAAUCUAGUAGUACUGCGACUAGCACGGCGAGUAGUAGUACUACGGGGAAGUAGUUGCUGACUGACGCAAGGAAUGAAGGAAAUGGCAACUAUUACGACGAACGUCCUGGAGGGACAUCCCAAGGACGUGACACACACAACAUACAACACAACACAAGCAAGCAAGCCACAAACAACAAGCAGGACGCUUGGGGCUUGAUAACGACGGUUUCUUUCUUGCUACCGUACAAGGAAAGCAAGUGAAACUCAAAAACAACACACAAAAAAGACGGUGCGUGGUGGGUACAAGGACACAUGACAUAUUUUGGACAAACACAAUAAUACUAAUGCGCUACGGAUGGAUAGCGCCAGCCAACAAAAGAAAAAGAGGAGUGUGGGGGAAGGUUGAUUCAUUGGCACUGCGAUCAGCACUGUUUCUACGGUACGGUACUGGUUGGUGGCCUGUGAAUCUGUAAUCUUCUGUCAGUGGUCCACUCUCCCUAUCAAAUUGAUUGAUUGAUUGAAACGAUGAUGGCUUGGAUUGAUGCAUAAUUUACAUUUAGCACCUGCGUUUUCCAACU